AUGAACAAACUUUUCUAAAGUUUAAAGAAAGUUGACUUCUUUAGUGUGACUUAUUCACCAGCCAUUUCAGAUGGAUUUAAUUACAAUCAUUCUAGUAUAUUAGGUGGAUUGAUUUCAAUGUUAAUAGCUAUUUUGAGUUUAAUGUAUAGUAUCUAUUACAUUUACUUAUGGUGGACUUAUUAACUGUUACCCAAAGUGACUUCGGAUAUAAAUAAAUUUAGAGAGAGUGAUGAUUUUGGUUAGCUUAGAAAUUCUAUACAUGUUAAGUCAGCUUAUUAGGAAGGAUGGUCUCCAAUUGACCCUUUUAAAACAGAUGAAAUUAUUAUAUAACCUUUGAUGAUAGAUUUAGAUGAUUAAGAAUUAAAUUGGAAGCCUUUGCUCUUAACAAAAUAAAUUAGCGAGGUUUUAUCUAUCAAUUUAGAUAUAAAUCACAAUAAAUAAUAUAUAAUUUUAUUUACACUUUGCAAAGAGGAUUAUCUGCUUGAUUAAUAGAAAUGUGCUUCUGAAGAAACUAAAAAUCUGUAUUUUUAAUAAAAUGGAAAUUCUCUAUAUAUUGAAAUAUCUUUUACAACAAUAAAUCCUUCAACAUUUGAGCCUUAAGUAUUUGAAAGGACAUAUCCAAUUAAUAUUCAUUCCUAAGCAGAAAUGUGUUCAUCCAUUAUCUUACAUUAUUAGAUGAAUCAAUAUUUAAUUGAUAAAGCAUUUCUAUUUUCAACUGGAUAAGAAGAAUUUAAUUAUAUUUCUAAUUCCUUAAGUUAUCCACAAUAUUCACUCAAAGAUUAUUGUGAUAGGCAAUUCUUACCAAAUACUUUUGGCGCUUUCUUUGUUCUAUUCUAAUAGUAAUAUUAUACUGUUUAAAUUGCCUAUCCACCUAUUAGUGAAGUAUUUGCUGCCAUAGGUUCAAUAAUAAGUAUACUUUUCUCUGUAAAAUUUUUAAUUACUUUAUUAAACCUACAUUAAUUAAGGCAAGAUAUUUUAGAUGAAGUGAUGAGACAAUAUUAUCCUGAAAUAAAACAAUUUAAAAUCAUUAAGAAUUUAUUUGGAAAAAUCACUUAAGUAAGGUUUAAAGGACUUCCUGUUGAAAUUUCCAGUUAUGUUGGAUUUUAGAGAUAGAUACAUCAUCAGAUGGCUUGUAAGUUGAAUUACAAGAAUCUGUUGUACGAAAUAUCAAGGUUCUAAUUUAUUUUAAUGUCAAUAAAGAGAAGAACUGAAAUAGAAAAAGUUCAUACAAUUGGAAUAAAAGUACCUAUUGAAUUAUCAGUAUCCAAAGAUUCAUAUGUAAUUACAAAAGGUCAAAUAAAUUAGCUUAAAACUUUAAAUUUAAGAAAUAUUUAAUAAGCUGAUUCAAAAUAUGAUAUUCUGACUAUAAAUGAUGCUUUAAUAUUGAGUUAUGAUUAUAAAAACUUUGAAUUAACCUCCACACUUUUUUCACACCCCUCAAAAACAUCUCAUGAAAAUAAUUAGAAUGAACAAGAUUUCUAUGAAAUUAAUCGAAUCGAAGUUUAUGCUGAUAAUAAUGAAGAAUUUUGA